UCAGUCAGUCCUGUGACGCGCUCCUGAACACGCGUACCUAACCUCGCUGCGCUGCCGACAGUGUGAUCAUGGAUAUCGUCUACUCGGCUCACUUGUAAAUAAUUAUAGUGCAGUGUCGUGAGUGACUGGAUAACGCGUGUGCAGUGCUGUGCUAGUGUUGUUAGCCUGAUGGCGUGGCCCAGGUUAAAGUAAUUUUGUGAAUCUUGUUAUCUUACGCCAAGAUUUUUUUACUAGUGUUUAAACCCUCUUCUAUCAUGCAUUGGAUAUCUUCCCUUAUCAUCCUGGCCGUCUUCAACCAAGCCCACUGUUCCGGCGUGUUCGAGCUGCGCCUCAAGUCCUUCGUCAACAAGUUCGGCAAGGACAGUGCGGGACAGUGCUGUAGUGGCGAGAGGACCGAUCCUUGUACAGGCCCUUGUAGGACUAGGUUCAGGAUCUGCCUCAAGCAUUACCAGGUUAAGAUAGAUACCACCUCCCCGUGCACCUUUGGUGAUGUCAUAACCCCAGUGUUAGGCGAGAAUACAGUUCAGUUAAGUGAUUCCAAGAAGGAAGAAUUCAAGAACCCCAUCAGAUUCAAUUUCGACUUCACUUGGCCGGGCACCUUCUCUCUGAUCGUGGAAGCGUGGCAUGACAACGCCAACACCACUGGGGUCGGCAGCAAGACGCUGAUCACGCGGCUGACCACGCAGCAGUGGCUGGACGUAGGGAUGGAAUGGCACGAGGAGGAGGACAAGUCUUCGCACUCCGCUCUGAGCUACGAGUACCGUGUCAUGUGUGACGAACACUACUACGGGCCCGGAUGCGCCAACCUCUGUCGCCCCAGGAACGACCAAUUCGGCCAUUACACGUGCUCGCCCCAGGGUGACCGAGUCUGCUCCGACGGCUGGCAGGGAGACUAUUGCACCAAACCGAGGUGCGCGCCUGGUUGUGAUGAGCAGCACGGUCACUGCAACAAGCCCAACGAGUGUCUGUGUCACAACGGCUGGAAAGGUCCCCUCUGCGACCAGUGCGAGAGGUAUCCUGGGUGUCUUCAUGGUACCUGCCAGAAGCCCUGGGACUGCCUCUGUAACGAGGGCUGGGGAGGACUCUUCUGCAACCAGGACCUCAAUUACUGCACCAAUCACAAACCUUGCCGACACGGUGGAACAUGUUUUAACACCGGGCAAGGCUCCUACACCUGCAACUGUCCUCCUGGCUUCACUGGUACAGACUGUGAGAAGGAGAUUGACGACUGUGCCCACCAGCCUUGUCUCAAUGGAGGGAGUUGUCAGGACACUGGACACGGUUAUACCUGCGAAUGUCCCAAGAACUGGCAUGGAACUCACUGUGAAAACUCGACUCAGACCUGUGAUGACCAGCCUUGUGAGAACGGAGGGAGCUGUGAAGAUACUCCUACAGGCUACCGCUGCCACUGUGUCCCAGGAUACACCGGUAUCGACUGCGACCACCAGAUCGACGAUUGCGCUUCCAACCCUUGCCGCAACGGAGCCACCUGCAUCGACAAGGUCAACGGUUACGAGUGCACUUGCCCCUCCGGCUUCACCGGGACCAACUGUGAGACCAACAUCGAUGAUUGUAACGGCAACCCUUGCUUGAACGGUGGAACUUGCAUCGACCUAGUGAACAAUUAUCGGUGUCAGUGUGUGCCGGGAUUCUUGGGAACACUCUGUGACAAGAAGGUCGACUAUUGCCUCGCAAAACCUUGUGCGAACGGUGGAAUAUGCAUGAACUUAGUGAACGAUUACCGAUGUUCCUGUCGGCCUGGAUUUUCUGGAAAGGAUUGCAGCAUUGAUAUCGAUGAGUGUGCUUCCAAUCCGUGCCUCAACGGUGGAAUGUGCGUCAACCGAGUUAAUGGCUACAGAUGUGACUGUGUGGGUGGAUGGAAAGGAAGAGUUUGUCAAGACGAAGAAAGUGCAAGUAUUGGGAACAUAUCAAAACACAUUUCUCAACCAAUAGACUCUGGAUUGACCACCGAGCAUGUUGUGGUCAUUGCAACUUUAUCAACUGCUGUUCCAGUUCUAGUCAUUGUUGCUGCUGUUGUGGUCGUCUGCAUGAAACAAAGAAGAAAACGAGAGCAGCAAAGAGCAGAUGAUGAAGCCAGGAUGCAGAACGAACAGAAUGCUGUUCACAGCAGUGUCGCAAAGAGAGGUGACACUCACAUGAUCAAGAACACUUGGGGACCUUGUGUGAAAGACGGCGGGGGAGGGCUGCCAAAUGACAAUUUGUGCUUUCCAAAACCAGUUCCCGUGGACAAUACUCCAGUGUACACCCUGCACAGGAGCAGAUCACAUAAACAGUUAAACACAGACGCUUCAGUGCACAGACAGAGCAACAGGGCGUCCUGUAAGGACCUGGAUAACCUGACCAGGUCUACACCUUCAGACAAGAGGAUAUCAGUCCUCUCUGUCGACUCAUCACUUUGCAAUGCAAGUGAUUCAUCGCUACUGAAGCGACCACACGAGAAGGACACCAGUAGUGGGGUCUUAUCACCUUCAAGUAGUGUCUACGUCAUCGACGAACACUUCCCCCACCACCCUGACACAUUGCUAGCGACCGAAGUCUAGCUCUACCGUUCUUAAUAUAGAGACUUUCGACUUUCGUAUUAUUUAUUUAAUUGAGAACUCCUUCAUUGGAACUGUGCUUUAUUACCUCGUUGGUGUUCGCCCUGACUGAUAAGACGUGCUGUGACACGUGUCGUGUGAUAUUGUGUGCAUGUAUGAUUGUAUGUACAUAUAUUUAUAUCAUUGUGAUCAUUACGAAACUAAGUCAAAUAUAAUGGACAAGAAAGAUACAGCGCUCAGUUUUUUGGGCUGACGACUGAUUUUUACUACAUAUUGUUGUGCAUGUCGGGGCGUUUUAAUGUCAUUGAAUAUAUAUGGGGGGGGCUGGGGGGGGGGUUACGAUUUCCCCAUUGUCACGGGUGAAAUCUUAAUUUAUUACAUAAAUUUGUUUUGUUUUGAUAAACGAAGCUAUAUGAUGUUCCUGUUACUAUUAUGCUAAGUCAUGGAAGUUUGGGUCGGGCGCACUUGAUAGUUAAUGAACUGCCAACUGCGACGCCCCAACCUUACUUUUGUUGUCAUUUUGUACUUAAACGUUAUUGACUAGAUUAAAUGUAAAGACUUUAAAUUUUGUAUAAUAUGUACAUUUGUAGUGUAUUAUUGUGUACAUAAUGUUUAUAGCCCUUGUAUUACAAGGUUGUUCCUGAUACUGUUUGAAUUUACCAGUAUUCCUUUUUUGACUUUCAACAUGAACUGUUUGGAAACUCCCAGAUCUUUUUACAAGCAUUAUGUUAACUCAUAAUAAGAAAUUGCUGAUUUCGCACCCUCAUAAUCUGGUAGUCUAUGUAAUUUGUAUCUGUAUCAGCUUUGUGUUGGCAUUUCUGCUGGCAGUAUCAGUAGCAUGUGACGUAAAUUCUUUGUGACAAAUAAGUUAGUCAUUUAAUGUCCCUAAGUCUUUAACACUGAUUGGGUCUCAUAAGAACAGAUUUCAUGCAGUAGUUGAAUUCCCCAUAAAGCCUAAAAGAUGUGAAAAAAGAAAUCUGCACAUCUUAUUAAAUCUAAUCAUUGUUAUGAUUAGAUCUAUGUAGAACAGAUUUCAGUUGUGUGGAUUCCUUUUCACGGAAUUUUAAGUAUGGAAACAUACUUAUUUAGCAUAAUAUAAUGAUAGCAGACUGGAAUUUGUACUUCUUAUUAGAUCUAUUCAUUUUUAUGGCUAGAUCUAACUAGAUUGGAUUUCAGUCUUAUAAAAAAGAAAAAAAGCAUACAAAAUCAAAAACAUUUAAUCUGCAUUUCUUAUUAGACCUAAUCAAUGUGUUUGGCAAGCUUAUGAAACAAUUUUACAGCUUAAAAUGCAUGAUUUGAUCAAUUUUUGUUGAAUAAUAAUGUUACUAAUUUUAUUUUAGUUGAUUCAAAGUAUUGAUAUUUAACACUUCCAUGUAUUGGGCAUUGCCUUUCACCAAAUUUGUUCAGCCAUUACUUGUUUUUGCUUCAUUAAAGAGGGAGUGGGUUGGAAUAAUUUGAGAUUCAUACAAGUUUGUUCAAUCUGAUUUGUUAACUGGUAAUUUGAAAAUUUAGUUGUUAGCUAAUGGAUGUUAACAGUAUUCUUGCAUAAUAUUUCUUGGCCUUUUAUUCAUCUAAAUUGAACAUUUUUGUAUGAUCAUACUAAGCAAAGAUAGGUCUGAUUUUCUCAUAUUGAUGUUCAUGGCCUGAAAGUUCAUUACCAAGUUAUUGAUCUCUUUUCAAAUUACCAGUAUUUAUGGAGAUUUAUUUUAUUAACUUUAUGGAAAUCGAAUAUAUCAUAAGUAAGUCUAAGUUAUUGACAAAUUUUGAAUUCAUAGACAGUUAACUAGAGCAACCAGUAUUUCACCGGUUUCUAUGUUGUUUUUAUUGUUGUUGAAAUUAAAAAGUGAAUAUUUGUUUUGGCAUGACUAUGAUUAAUGAAUUGAUGUCUACUUUUUGAUGAAUAGCAUAAAAUGUAAAAUAAACUAAAAAUGAACACUAGAUAAUAAAUUAUGCAACAAGAUAUUGUUUUAGAAACGGUGAUGAAGUAUUGGUAAUAAUGUUACACAAGGUUAAUUGUUUGUAAUUAAGGUUUGUUUCGAAAUUAUUUAUUGUUAUAAUUUAUUUAACAUUUCUUCUUGACUUUAUUUUUAUGGUUUGUGACAUAAAUUAUACAGUUCUGUCCAAAGCAGUUUAUAUAAUCAUGUAUAAAUGUAUAAAAUACAUUCAGUGAUGUAAAAAUAGGUUUAAUAAAAUUUACAUGAGCAAAUAA